CCUAGCUACCACACAAACAUUCUCCCAACUAGCUACGUACCCAUCCCUCUCAAAACAAGAUGUCGACGGUGAAGGUUGGCAUGUUUGGCGGGUCCAAAGGUGAUGUCUGUGACAUCACCGGAUUGUCAAGUUUUGCGCCAUCGAGCCUGAGGAGCAUGGAGAUUUGGAGCACACCGGGUCACGAAGGGGUCAUCAACGCCAUACGCUUCACCUUCAUCGACAGCAAAAACAACGCGAUCCCGGUUGGUCCAUGGGGCACCCCGCUCCAUGGUCAGAAAAGCCAGACUAUUCACUUGACAAAUGUGCGUGUCAUCGAGCUCUCCGGCUACACCAAUGACCAAUACAUCACCUCACUAUCCUUCCGCACCACCGACGCCCCAAGGCAUCAUGGACCAUUCAGAAAAGUGAGGCCAGCAACCAGGUCCGACACUUAUUUCCGCGUCCCUCUCAUGCAUGGCUCUAUCGUGGCCUUCUGCGCCCAAGCCGACGACCACCUCAGCGCCAUUGGUGCCUAUCUCAAGAACUGAGCCCUCGUAUGUUUAUAUACCCAGCCUAGCUGGUUACUCUAUAUAUGUGUGUACAUGUUUGUUGUUGUUCAAUAACACGGUGGCCCCGUCGGUCAACGUGCAAUCUACCCAGCCUAGCUGGUAACUAUACGUGUGUGUGCAUGUGCUUGGUCGUGUGAUGUUUAAUAUGAUGUGUGUGAUGUUUGAUAUAUUGGUUGAGCUUGUAAUAAAAG